AUGUCUGCGUACUCCUCAAGUGAAGAGUGGAGCCAGGCCUGCUCCUUCGACAGAGACAUGGAGAAGUCCCCCUCGUCCUCAGAUCUCACUCUACUCGACUCUUUCACGAUCACCUUGGCCGAUUUUCAAGACCCCAAUACUGAGAAAGAAGAUGCUAUGACCGCGUUCCUUGAGGACGACUCGCCAUAUCCGGAGGUUCGUUCAGCAGUCGCCAACACCGACGAUCCCUCAAUACCGUCAUCAACAAUACGAGCUUGGGUCAUUGGCUUAUUAUUCGCCGUCGUUAUGCCUGGCUUGAAUCAAUUCUUUUAUUUCCGUUACCCUUCGGUGACGGUUGGAGGCAUCGUCGCACAAUUACUGUCGUUUCCCAUCGGACGAGCCUGGGCCAAAGUCAUGCCCAAUGUAACAAUACUCGGUGUCCCGUUGAACCCCGGACCCUUCACGAUCAAAGAACAUGUACUCAUUACUAUCAUGGGCUCAGUGGCUUCAGGUUCUGCUUAUGCAACCGAUAUCGUCGCUGUGCAGCGCGUAUAUUACAAGCAAGUCUACGAUUUCGGCUACGAGUGGAUGAUCGUUAUGUCUACCCAACUCAUCGGCUUCUCCAUGGGUGGUAUCGCUCGUCGUUUUCUCGUUCAGCCAUCCUCCAUGAUCUGGCCUUCGAAUUUGGUCACAUGUGCCCUCUUCAAUACCCUGCACUCGUCCUCAUAUGCCGGUAUCGGCGAUCGAGGCGGCAUUACUCGAGAGCGAUUCUUCUUCAUCUGCUUUGUUUGCUCUGCCGUCUGGUACAUCGUCCCAGGCUACUUGUUCCAAGCACUCAGCUACUUCUCCUGGGUAUGCUGGAUCGCCCCUGAGAACGUCGUCGUAAACCAGCUCUUCGGGUACCAACAUGGAUUGGGCAUGAGUCUCAUAACCUUCGAUUGGGCUCAGAUCUCGUACAUCGGAUCACCCCUCGCUACUCCUUGGUGGGCCGAAGCCAAUAUCGCUGCGGGUUUCGUGUUUUUCUUCUGGAUCAUCACUCCUAUCCUUCACUACACCAAUGUCUGGGACAGCAAAUUCUUCCCUGUGUCCUCCCGCAGCUCCUACGAUAACACCGGUGCCGCAUACAACGUGUCAAGAAUCAUCAAUCCAGACUUGAGCUUCAACCAGACUGCGUAUAACGAUUAUAGCCCUCUAUACUUGUCGACGACGUUUGCGAUGUCAUAUGGCCUUUCCUUUGCCAGUAUAACGGCCAUCUUGACACACGCAUUCCUCUAUUUCCGCAAGCAAAUCUGGUCACAAGCUCGCCGCGCUAUGCACGAGCAACCCGAUAUACACGCAAGGCUGAUGUCCAAAUAUCAGCAAGUCCCAGACUGGUGGUACAUGUGCAUCUUCGUGUCCUUAUUCACACUCGGCGUCACUGGCAUCUCCAUAUGGCCUAUCGACUUCCCUGUACCUUGGUUCAUCCUAUCGCUUGUUGUGGCAUUCCUCUAUGUUAUACCCGUUGGAAUGAUACAAGCCAUAACUAAUCAGCAAGUCGGCCUGAAUGUCAUUACGGAACUUAUUAUCGGGUAUGGGCUACCAGGUCGGCCCGUCGCAAUGAUGAUGUUCAAGACUUGGGGGUACAUCACGAUGGCACAAGCCCUGACAUUUACGUCCGACUUCAAAUUGGGACACUACAUGAAAAUCCCACCUCGUGCCAUGUUCUGGGCUCAGGUGAUCGCCACAAUCAUUGCGGGGACUGUGCAACUAGGUGUCCAGCAAUGGAUGUUCAGCAACAUACCAGAUAUGUGUCAGAAGGGACAGUCUAGCGGAUUCAUCUGUCCUUCCACGGAAACAUUCUACACGGCAAGUGUGGUAUGGGGUGUCAUUGGUCCAGCACGGCAGUUCUCGCAAGGCCAAAUUUACUACGGUUUGGUGUUCUUCUUCCUCGGCGGUGCUAUCUGUCCGGCAAUUGUGUACUUCUAUACCAGGAAAUACCCCAAUAGCUUUGUCCGAAACCUCAAUUUUCCGGUCAUCUUCUCUGGUACGGCAGCCAUUCCUCCUGCCACUGCGGUCAACUAUGUACCAUGGGCGAUCAUUGGGUUCAUCUUCCAAUUCGUUAUCCGGCGAAGGCACUUCUCUUGGUGGGCGAAGUACAACUACGUCUUAUCGGCUGCGCUGGACGCUGGCGUGGCCAUCGGCGCGCUGUUUGUAUUCUUCGCGCUUCAAUUCCCUGCGAAUGGUAGUAUAGGCGCAGACAAUAUACAGCAAUGGUGGGGAAACACAGUCUUCAUGAACACCGCCGAUGCGCUUGGCACAACCCUGAUGACGGUCCCUGCUGGCGAACAUAUAGGACCUCGGACUUGGGCGUAA